AACUAACAGAAGAAAGUAUAUUAUUAUCGUUGAGGUAAUGUUGCUUUUGAGCCUUUUGUUUCUAAGUGCAGGUUGUGCCUUGGCUUAUGUCGAAUAUGACAUAAAUCAGGCCGAACUCCUGUUUGAGAAUUUUAUACGAGAUUACAACAAAGUCUAUGAAGAUGCUCAAGAAAAACAAAUAAGAUUCAACAUCUUUAAAGAGCACUUGCUAGAUAUAAAUAGGCUGAAUAAGCAACACGGUUACAACGUAAUGGGUAUUAACCUAUUCACGGACAUGUCAAAGGAAGAAUUUAGAAAUACACAUCACGGUUUAAUUUUCGACAAUAACGGUGUCCCGUGCCAUAAAGAAGAAAUGGAUUUUGAGUUAUCCCGUGAUAAUUUACCGGAAAAUUUCGAUUGGAGAGACAAGGGUGUACUUACAAAGGUCAAAAACCAGGCUACCUGCAAUGGCUGUUGGGCUUUUAGUACUAUCGGUACAAUAGAGAGUCAGUAUGCAAUAAAGCAUGGAGCUGAUAAACUGAAAGUGUUGUCAGAACAACAAAUAAUCGACUGCGUAACAUCAAAUGAGGAUGGCUGUAACGGAGGAUUCAUGUCUAAUGCUCUUUUACAAUUAGCGGAAACCCAAAUGGGUGUCAUGACAGCGGCAGACUACCCAUUUAUUGGGCAAGAUGGUACAUGCCAAUACGAUCAAACUAAAGCAGUUGUAAACGUGACGGGGUGUGCGGACUUCACUAAUACAGCUGAAGAAGAUAUUAAAGCUGUUUUGGUUAAUACCGGACCUCUCGUAAUCGGAUUAGCUGGAGGACCAUUACAAACAUACGAUAAAGGGGUUUUUACACAAUGUGAUGUGGAUGCCCGCAUUGACCAUGGUCUCCUGUUAGUUGGGUAUGGGACAGAUGAAAAUACUAACAAGCCCUAUUGGCUUAUAAAAAAUUCCUGGGGGGAGGCUUAUGGUGAAAACGGCUAUGUUCGAUUGAUCAGAGGUAAUCCGGACUGUAAAGUCGGACAAUUUAUGUUACUUUCAGCCCGAGUGGCAUAAUAACAUACUAUCGAUUUACUUUUGGUAAUACUACUCAAAAUUCAAAUUUAAUAUUGUGAAAAACAUUUAAUUUGAUAAUAAAUAAUGAUUGGCAAUCA